CGGCGAGAAUGACACGUCAGCCAUUACGCAUGCGUGAAAAGUGUUUUAAAAGUUCCGGGGUUCGGACCAAGUGCCGGUGUUUUGGUGUACAAAAGUGGAUUUCUUCCCUCUGGGAAGAUAAGACACUGCAGUUUUUAGCAUGGAAAUUGCCAUCCUGGACCAGUCUCUGAAGAGAAUACUGCUGACCAUUGCCUGCUGUUUGAUACUGCUGUCCAUCGUCAAUUCUGAGGAAGAUUAUUACGAACUUUUGGGGGUGGAGAGAGAUGCAACCAACAAGGAGAUCAGGAGGGCUUUCAAGAAGUUAGCAUUGGAGCAACAUCCUGACAAAAAUCAGGAUGACCCAGAUGCACACAGUAAGUUUGUGACCAUCAACAAGGCGUAUGAGGUACUGAAGGAUGAAGAGUUAAGGAAGAAAUACGACCUGUAUGGAGAGGAGGGGCUGAAGGAUGACUUCCAUGGGGGAGGGCGAUACGAGAGCUGGAGCUACUAUAACCAGGAGUUUGGCAUCUAUGAUGAGGACCCAGAGAUCAUCACACUCAACAGGGCUGAGUUUGAACAAACUGUGCGACAGUCAGACGACAUCUGGUUCAUCAAUUUCUACUCACCGAGGUGUUCCCACUGUCACGACCUCGCACCUGCUUGGAGAGAGGUAGGUAGAGAGCUGGUGAACGUGAUCAGGAUUGGAGCUGUGAACUGUCAGGAGGACUGGAUCCUGUGUCGGCACCAGGGGAUCAACCGUUACCCCUCCCUCAUCCUGUAUGCAGGCAGUACCAGGAGGCCUGAGCGGUACACAGAUGAGAAAAGCACCAAGAAGAUGGUGAAAUUUGCCCUGAAACAAGUGACUGCCUCGGUCACUGACCUCUGGGCAGCUAAUUUUGACAUGGCCAUCCACAACACAGAGACAGCAGACCUACCUUGGGUCAUCACCUUCUGUUCCUCAGGGCUGGACUGUUUGUCAGACACGAGUCAGAAGAAGCUUGCAGCCAUGUUAGACCGGCUGGUGAACAUCGGAGGUGUCGACUGUGACGUGUCAGAGCCCAUCUGUGAGAGGUUAGGGGUGGAGUCAGGCACCAGGUUCUCACCACGGGAGGUGAAGAAAGACAAGGGACAGGAGCUGAGCAGUCUGGACGCACAGGAGGCAGCUGCAGAGAUACUCAAACUCAUGCCUGAUGUCAUCACACUUAACGAGGAGUCUUUUGAGAAAAUGCGAGAAGGGCUGAGGAAAGGAGAGGAGCAGUCGUGGCUUCUACACUUCAUGGUAGGAAAUGAUGUGGACCUGGAGCUGAGGAAACUACCUGCACUACUGGAGGGCAUGAAUAUUGGAAGAAUAAACUGUACUAACAGUCGACAGUUGUGCAGGAAUCUCCACAUCAGACACUAUCCCUCCAUAGCUGUCUUCAAGUCAAAGGGUGGCCAUGAAGUACAUCAUGGAAGGAUGACUGCCCACGACAUUGUGAACUUUGCUAAAGAAGCUGCUGCUUCCAUGGUAGAAGUUUUAAGCCCUGAUGACUUCCCAGGUCGGGUCAUUGACAACAAAGACCCCUGGUUUGUGGACUUCUUUGCACCAUGGUGCCCUCCAUGCCGUAUGCUGCUACCAGAGUGGAGGAAGGCCUCCAGGUCACUGGACGGGACAGUCAGCUUUGGCACGGUGGACUGUACCAUCCACAACGUCUUGUGCAAUAAAAUGAAUAUCCAUUCAUACCCAACCACAGUGUUCUACAACCAGAGUGUGCCUCACUUCCUGAGUGGCAUGCACCAGGCAGAGGAGCUGGUCGAGUUUGCACAGGAUACACUGCGUCCUCCUGUGAUUAUCCUAACGUCAGACAACUUUGUUCCCCUGAUCGGAGACCGUGGGGAUGAUGACAUGUGGCUGGUGGACUUCUAUGCUCCCUGGUGUGGACCCUGUCAGGAACUGGCUCCCGAGUGGAGAAAACUUGCUAAGACCAUGCAGGGUAUAGCCAAUGUGGCACAGGUAGACUGUGACAGACACCGUGUCGUGUGUAACAAUCAGGGCAUCAACAGUUAUCCAACCAUCCGCCUUUACCCUCCUACAUACACAGGCACAAGCUACUUCAAAAAAUACCCAAGCCACUGGUGGCGGAACGUGGCGUCCUUCCGUACGUGGAUCUUCCAGCACCUGCCCAGUAAAACCCCUGAGCUGAGUCAUGCAGAGUUCCAGAAGAGAGUUAUCCAGGGGGAGGAUGCCUGGGUGAUAGACUUCUUCACACCCUGGUGUAGUCACUGUCAGGUCUUCGCUCCGGAGUUUGAGAGAGCUGCAAGGCUAGGAGACGGGGUUGCCCACUUUGGGAAGGUGAACUGUGACAUGUACUCAGACCUGUGUCAGCAGGCCUGGGUCAGGGCAUACCCCACAUUACGUUUCUACAAACCAAACAUCGAAGGAAAACAAAAAAAUAUUUUUGGAGAAUCUAUAAACAGUCAGAGUGCAGAGUAUAUUGUGAACUAUAUAAAACAGAAAGUUGGGAACCGCAGGUUACGGGAUGAACUAUAAUGCAGGGUCCAAGCCGUUUAGAAGAUUAUCUGGCCUGAGAUGUAGAGUCUAUGAUGUCACCAUAGAAACCAUGAUGUCAUCACAUAAUCCAUGAUGUCAUCACAGAAACCAUGAUAUCUUCACAGAAUCUAUGACAUCACCACAGUAUCCAUGAUGUCAUCAUCACAGAAUCUACAGCUACACCAUUGAAUCUAUGAUGUCAUCACAGAAUCUAAGAUGUCACUACAAUAACCAAGAUUUUUCUUCAAAGCAAUGAUGUCAUUAUGCCAUAUAUUAAUGGUGCAAUAGGAAUUAUAGUUGUGUAUCAUUGUGUCAAGUGCCUCCAGUUUUUCCUUUUUAGUAGCUCAUAUAACUGCGGAAUACUAUAUUCUUUGGAAACCAAUUUUGUAAGGUAGCUAAGAGCUGGUCAUGUGAGACAAUAAAAAUGUGCAGGGGUGGCCAAAGCAGUGUAAGUUGUGUCGCUAUUUUGUAAACAGAUGAUUUGUUAAAUAUUUUGCUGCCAAAAACUUAGUUCGUCAUGCAUAU